GCGGAAGUUAUUCUUCGUACCGAAAAUUCAAAAAAAAAAAUGGAGUUGGGAGAGAGAAAAGGAGAGAUUUAUCAGGAAGAAGACGAGUCUCCCCUGAGACUGGGGAUUGAUCAUAUAUAUAUACACAUACCCCGCGUGAAUAUAAUUUUACGCUACGAAAAAAUAAAAGGGCGGAGGAGAAGAGGGGUAGCCUCCAUAUUUUUGGGUACUUUUCGGUGACGGAAUUGUUUCUCUCUCGCGCUCUCCCGUUGCCGAUCUUCUCCCUGAAUGCCUCACCAGUGUUCAGGACAAUUGUGGCGACUAAUAAAAGGAGGAGCGAGGGACCAAUAACAUGGUGUUCGGAGAUUAGCAACAUGAUUAUUAGUAUAUACUAUAUCAUUCAUAUGACAAAAUCAAAAGAUGUGAAGGCUAAUCUCCCAGGGAAGACUAACCCUCUAGGGAUCCUCUAACUAUUAGAAGCUCCCUCAGCAUACAUAUUUGUAUAUAUAUACACACACCUGCAUGAGAUUCUUCAAGAUGGCCGUAGCUGUUGACCAACAUAAUUAUGGUUUCAAGCUAUUUGGUGGCAGACCCCCGAGAUGCAAACUCCAAUCCUACUCUCAGCUUGAUUUCUCUAAUCUUGAAGCAAGCCAAAGAAACCCCCAAUAUCCUCAAGAACAUGCAGCUUUUGAUUUUCCCAACAUCCACAAAAGUCACUCCACCCCUUGCCUGUCUCUCUCCGCAAAACUUGGAGAUGAUGUUGACACUAAUCCUCCAAGAAUUGAAAUCAUAGCAGGCCAUGGAGAGCCACGUGUGCAUGCUCUGGUUAUCGAGGU